AUGUCGACAACAAUAACAGCAAUUAAGGAAGGCAAAGACUUACCCACUUGUAGAACAUGCUUAGCUACGGAAAGAAAACUAUAUUCAAUUUACGAGCAUAAUCUCUUUGAUGCUUAUAAGACUCUUAUAGGAAAUGAAGUGUCUCCGUUUGAUGGUCUACCACAGUAUAUAUGCAACUUCUGUGGCACAUUACUGCUUAAGUUUAUCACAUUCAGAAGGAAUAGUGAACAGGCACAGAACUAUCUAGAACAUGCUAAGAUUACAAAAUCAAAUUUAACAACUAAUUACCUAAUAUCAUUGAAAAGAUCAACAACUAAAGUUAUUGACAUCACACAAAAUGAAAUUUCUGAACUCAAAACUGACUAUGACGAACUAAACGAAUUAAUUUUUCAAGAAUUCGAUUACACUGAAACCACAGAAGAAGAUUCAAAAAUAUUUACAGACUUUAUUAAACAUAUUGAAGAACCGAAAACGACAAAACUAUCAAACAAUACACACUCAAAAUCAAAUAUAAAUAAGUUGUUAAAAGAGGAUAACUCAAAACCAACUCAAAAUAUCAAACGAUCUAACUCAACUCAGAAAAAGGGGAGAUAUUUUGAGAUUGAUGAAAAAUUGCGUGAUUUUGAGAAAGUUUAUAAUGUAGAUGUGAUUAUAUUGAGUGCGGAGGAACAAAUGAAAGAUGUCUUAAGCAGGAAAUUGAGUAGUAAUUAUUUACACAGUCCGUACAAAUGUGAACUCUGUUACAAGGGUGUUAUGGAUGAAGAUAGCUUGAAGAAACAUGUCCUAUAUCAACAUGAUCCUCUAAAUCUUCCAUUCCACUGUGUUUCCUGCGAUGCCUAUUUCGCUUCCGAACCAGCACUAACCCGCCAUUCAUCAGUCGGUACCUGUUCUUCUUCGGCCUGUGUUCAUUGUGGAGAUCCAUUUGACAAAGCAAUGGAAUUAAGACAGCAUCUUCUAGGAAAACAUAGGAGCUGCAAGGUUUAUCAAUGUGAAAAGUGCCACAAAACAUUCUCCCGUCAGUCCCUUCACUCGGCUCACUAUAAACGGGCCCACGUAGACGCUAAGGAUAAAAACAAGGUCUUGAAACCUUGGGUUUGCGAGAUUUGUGGGAAGAUACUCCCGAACAAAUGCGUUCUUCUAUACCAUCAGCGGAAUCACACCGGGGAAAGACCUUACCACUGCACGCUGUGUAGCAAAUCAUUCACCAUGAGGAAACUGUUACAGUCUCAUCUCCGAGUGCACACAAGCGACCGCCCGUAUGCCUGCACAUUAUGCCCAAAGACGUUCAAGGGAUUAUCGGCCUUACGUUCACACGAACAAACACAUUCCGGGGGACCACAGAAGAGUUCUAAUAAUAGAAAGAAACAAAUAUAA